GAAGGUGAGCGGCUGUCCCCGCUCAGAGCACGGAAGCAUGUCCCAGCAGCACGCAGCCACCUAGGCUGGCCAGCACGACGGAGGGUGCAGGAUGGAGGCUGGGCACAAGGUACUGCCCCGCGAGGAGGCCAGGGAUGGGCCGGAGGAUGGCAGCAGGGGGUGGAACCACAAAGCCAACCCCUUCUGGACGGCUGUCUUCGACUACGAGGCGGCAGCGGAAGAGGAGCUGACGCUGCGGCGCGGCGACCUUGUGGAGGUUCUCUCCCAGGACUCCACCGUGUCGGGAGACGAGGGCUGGUGGACGGGGAAAAUCGAGGAGAGGGUGGGGGUCUUCCCCUGUGACUACGUGGCCAGUGGCCCCCCGGGUGGUCCCUACCCUCUGCCGCUGGAGAUCUCCUUCCAGGAGCUGCUGCUGGACGAGAUCAUCGGGGUGGGGGGCUUCGGGAAGGUCUACAAGGGCGUGUGGCGGGGGGAGGAGGUGGCGGUGAAGGCGGCGCGCCAGGACCCCGACGAGGACAUCAGCACCACGGCCGAGAGCGUCCGGCAGGAGGCCCGGCUGUUCUGCAUGCUGCACCAUCCCAACAUCAUCGCCCUGAAGGCCGUGUGCCUCCAGCCCCCCAACCUGUGCCUAGUGAUGGAGUACGCCCGGGGCGGCGCCCUCAACCGAGCACUGGCCGGGAGGAAGGUGCCACCCCACGUGCUGGUGAACUGGGCCGUGCAGAUCGCCCGCGGCAUGAACUACCUGCACAACGAGGCUGUGGUGCCCAUCAUACACCGCGACCUGAAAUCCAUCAACAUCCUGAUCCUGGAGAAGAUGGAGGCCGGGGAGCUGGGGGGCUGCACGCUGAAGAUCACGGACUUCGGGCUGGCGCGCGAGUGGCACAAGACAACCAAGAUGAGCGCGGCCGGCACCUACGCCUGGAUGGCGCCUGAAGUCAUCCGGGUCUCGCGCUUCUCCAAGAGCAGCGACGUCUGGAGUUUCGGGGUGCUGCUGUGGGAGCUGCUGACCGGGGAGGUGCCGUACCGGGAAAUCGACGCACUGGCCGUGGCCUAUGGCGUGGCCAUGAACAAGCUGACGCUGCCCAUUCCCUCCACCUGCCCCGAGCCCUUUGCCCGCCUGCUGGCAGAGUGCUGGGACCCCGACCCCCACGCCCGGCCGCCCUUCGGGAGCAUCCUGGGGCGGCUGGUGGCCAUCGAGCACUCGGCCAUGUUCUCCAUGGCCCUGGAUGCCUUCCACUCGCUGCAGGACGACUGGAAACUGGAGAUCCAGCAGAUGUUCUGUGAGCUGCGCGCCAAGGAGAAGGAGCUGCGGAGCCGGGAGGAGGAGCUGCUGCGUGCGGCGCAGGAGCAGAAGACGCAGGAGGAGCAGCUGCGGCGGCGCGAGCAGGAGCUGGCUGCCCGCGAGAUAGACAUCGUCCAGCGCGAGCUGCACUUGCUCAUGGAUCAGCUGGGCCAGGAGCGGCCCCGGGUCAAGGGGCGCAAGGGCCACUUCAAACGCAGCCGCCUCAAGCUGCGCGACGGGAACCGCAUCAGCCUGCCCUCAGGCUUCCAACACAAGAUCACGGUGCAGGCGUCGCCCACCCUGGACAAGUGGAAAGACCCAGGAGCCAACGGCACCAGCCCCCCCGUGAGCCCCAUCAUCAUCCCCCGCCUGCGGGCCAUCCGCCUGACGCCCGUGGACGGCAGCCAGACGUGGGGCCGCAGCGUGGGGCUGACAAAGGAGGAGCUGGUGGGGAACCAGAAGAAGGGGCGCACGUGGGGGCCCAGCUCCACACUGCAGAAAGAGCGGCUCGGCGGGGAGGAGCGGCUGAAGGCUCUGGGCGAGGGCAGCAAGCAGCGGUCGUCCAGCGCCCCCAACCUCGGCAAGUCCCCGAAACGCGCCCCCAUGACAGGAGGUUUCUCCAGCCUGACAGAGAUGGAGGAGUACGCGGAGGCAGAGGGCAGCGCUCCCCAGUCCCCGGCCGAGCUGCCCCCCAGCACCGAGGGACCGCGGCUGGCCGGGCCCCACAAGCGCAGCGCCAUGGCUCUCCUGGGCUGUGCCUCCGUCCUGGCCGCGGUGGCGCUGGGCAGCGACCUGCUGGAGCUGGGCCGGGGGCCAGUGGGGGGGCUGUGGCCACGGGGGGGCCGCGCCCGGGGGCACCAGGGGCCCCCCAGCUCCGUUACACUGCUGUCGCUCUCCUCCCUCUCCGACUGCAACUCCACCAAGUCCUUGCUGCCCUCGGACGAGGAGCUGCUCCCCGGGCCCCCGGCCCCCAGCCCCCCGGCCCCAGCCCUCGGUGCCCCCCCUGCCCACAACCCGGUGCCCUGUUCCGACUCCUGGGAUCGUAGCCCUGGCUCCGCAGGGGAUGGGCCUAGGGCUGAGGGGAGCAUGAAAAUGAGGGCUAAGGGAACCCGAACAGCCCACGACCUGGAGGUGUGUUCUCCAACAGGCGUCGAGGUGGGUGCCUGUGCGGGGGAUGGUUAA